UCCUCUCUAAUGUUGAUCGCGUUAGUGAGUGCAGGAACUGAGUGAUAGUAGAAACGAGUGAUCGGGCUGGGUGUGUUUCUUCCUUUAAAUAGAGUUACUCAAGUGACCAUGAAGAAAACAACAGCAACCUCCUGAUAACUGCAACACACACAGAGUGAAUCUGUCACUGUACCGGAUGGUCAGCUAUGGACGCAAAUGACAACAAGGAUGGCAAGCUCUCUGCUGAAGUAGAACCAUUUAUUCCUCAGAAGAAGGGCUCCGAAGCAGUUUUGGUCUCAAUGAAUCUUCCGAAUGGCAGUGGAGAAGGGGGCAGUGCCAGUGGAGUGGAGCCCACUUCCAUCCCUAGUUACCUGAUCACGUGCUACCCAUUUGUACAGGAAAAUCAACCCAACAGGCAAUUACCCUUGUAUAACAGUGACAUCAGAUGGCAGCAGCCCAACCCGAACACAGCUGGCCCAUACCUUGCUUAUCCUAUCCUUUCAUCACCACAGCCCCCUCUUUCAAAUGACUAUGCCUACUACCAGAUUAUGCCUGCACCCUGCACUCCAAUGAUGGGAUUUUAUCACCCCUUCUCCACUCCGUAUGGAGCCCCUAUUCAGACAGCAGGAGUGGUCAGUGUCUCCAGUGAGUGUGCUGAUCGACCUGUGCAGCCGGGGCAGCUCUUCCAAGCUGCAACCCAGAGGGGACGAGGCAUCCUAAGGUCACCACUGGUGUCAAAGGUUUCACAGCAAAUACGAACCCAAAGACCGCCUAUGAGAAGUAUGGCUGUUCAAAAGGAGAUCAGUGCUUCAGGUCCCGACAACAGAUCAAAGAUAGUGCUUUUGGUGGAUGCUGCACAGCAGACAGAUUUCCCUGGCGAAAUAGCCAAUAAGUCCCUCUUGGGGCGGACUAGUCCUUUGCUAUGGAAAACCAAAGCAAGGCGAAGGAGAGCGUCACACCCGGCAGCAGAGUCUUCCAGCGAGCACGGGGCCAGCGAGGCAGACAUUGACAGUGACAGCGGCUACUGCAGUCCCAAACACAGCCACAAUCAGGCCACUGGGAUGGGCACCAGGACCUCAGAUCCCACUAAUAAUUCAGUUGUAGUUGAAUCAGCAGGAACACCAGCUGCUAGCUGGGUAAACAUAGCCUCUCAAGCCACUCAGCAAACAUGGAUGGACAGAAAUUCACAAUUUCUUAGGGGUGGAAAACCAGCCGAGCACAGAAAUUAUGGCCAGGUUGGAUACAGAGGCAGAGGGCAGAGCACUUCGUCCGAGAGAAGCCUGCAAAGGAGACCGCCAGACUGGAAGCCACCGAAUAUUAGCCAGUUAACUGUUGCACAGCAAACCACAAAGCCCUUGCAUUUUGAGGAUGAAGAUGAAUUUCCAGACUUGGUUCCUGCAGCUGCUUUUUCAAGGACUAAGACUGAACCAAUACAGCCAAAACUUCCCACGAACCUUCUGGAUAAUUUGCCUGAGAACUCUCCAAUGAACAUAGUGCAGACUCCAAUUCCGAUUACCACUUCUGUACCUAAACGAGCAAAAAGUCAGAGGAAGAAAGCAUUGGCUGCAGCCCUGGCCACUGCCCAGGAAUAUUCCGAGAUCAGCAUGGAACAAAAGAAACUUCAGGAAGCCCUGACAAAAGCUGCUGGGAAGAAGAGUAAAACCCCAGUGCAGCUGGAUCUGGGAGACAUGCUGGCUGCUCUGGAGAAACAGCAGAUGGCAAUGAAGGCCCGCCAGCUCACCAACACCAAGCCCCUGUCCUACACAGUUGGCACUGCAGCUCCCUUCCAUAGCAGGGAUUCCAGUAGCAAGAAGUUGAUACUGAAAAGCGUGCCCUAUACUGGGCCUCAUAAUGUGCUGGACUCUACUGCCCCCAGGCUAAAAAGAGGAAAGGAAAGGGAGGUUCCCAAGGUGAAGAGGCCAACAGCACUUAAGAAGAUUAUUCUGAAGGAAAGAGAAGUAAAGAAAGGCAAAUACUCUCUUGACCAGAGUCUCGUGGAACCAGAAGAGCAGGGGGACCUACAGUUACAUUUUACUGAUGACCAGUCCAGGGAAGCUGGGUCUCAGGAAGAAAUGGGUCUUAGCAUUCCCAGCGAUGCCUCUCUUUCCCCUGCAAGUCAGAACUCGCCAUACAGCAUCACUCCUGUCUCUCAAGGAUCCCCUGCUAGUUCUGGAAUAGGAAGUCCAAUGGCAACGUCGGCCAUCACGAAAAUACACAGCAGGAGAUUCAGAGAGUAUUGCAACCAGGUUCUGAGCAAGGAGAUUGACGAGAGCGUGACUGUCCUGCUGCAGGAACUUGUGCGCUUUCAGGAGCGUGUGUACCAGAAGGACCCUGCGAAGGCCAAAGCCAAGAGAAGGCUGGUCAUGGGCCUGCGUGAAGUGACCAAGCACAUGAGACUCAACAAGAUCAAGUGCGUCAUCAUCUCCCCAAACUGUGAAAAGAUCCAGUCGAAAGGUGGACUGGAUGAAGCACUGUACAAUGUCAUAGCUAUGGCCAGGGAGCAGGAGAUUCCUUUUGUCUUUGCACUGGGGCGCAAAGCAUUGGGGCGCUGUGUCAACAAACUGGUUCCUGUUAGUGUUGUCGGAAUCUUCAACUUCAGUGGGGCAGAGUGCCUGUUUAAUAAAGUGGUGUCACUAACGGAGGAAGCUAGAAAGGCAUACAAAGACAUGGUUUCAGCUAUGGAGCAGGAGCAGGCUGAGGAAGCGCUGAAGAAUGUGAAGAAGGCCCCCCACCACAUGGGUCAUUCGCGGAACCCGUCAGCAGCCAGUGCCAUCUCCUUCUGCAGUGUCAUUUCAGAGCCCAUCUCUGAAGUCAAUGAGAAAGAAUACGAAACAAAUUGGAGAAACAUGGUUGAGACCUCUGAUUUACUAGAAGCAUCAGAGACCAAGAAGGAGGAGUCAGCCAGCAGGACUGCUGUACCAGAGAAAUCUGUUAACACAAUAGCUGAUAAAGGCAGCGUGGCAGCUCCUUCUCCAUCUGUCAAGGUCGCCAGCAUCGCUCCUGCUACCUCGGCUGCCCAGCCUGCAAAAACUGCUGCAGUGAGUGGUGCUGAAAAGGAUGAAGGGAAACCAGACGACACCCUGGAAUGGGCUUCCCAGCAGAGCACUGAGACUGGGUCCCUUGAUGGGAGCUGUCGGGACCUGCUUAAUUCCUCCAUCACAAGCACAACCAGUACCCUGGUACCAGGCAUGCUGGAGGAGGACGAGGAUGAAGACGAGGAAGAGGAGGAGGACUAUAACCACAAGCCUAUAUCAGUGGAGGUGCCACUCACUAGCAGGAUUGAGUCUUGGGUGACUGAGGCCCAGAAGACCUUGGAAAACCUGCAGCUUGGCAAAAACCAGGACAGCACGGAGGAAGACGACGGUGGACAUAGCGAGGAGGAAGAACUAGAAGCGUCCAAGCAAGCAGACCCCGUUCUAGAACAUAAAGAGCAGCAGCUCAAACCCAAGAGCAUAACCUGUUGACUAAAACCAGCAGCUCCACAGAAGGGGCACUUUGUUUUCUAAUUCUGUACUGUAUUCCAAGCCUCACAUCAGUAAUCUCAGGAAACUUGAAAACCAUUCAUAGGGAUAACUUGUAAAGUUUUUCGAGAUGUUUAACAUGGUUAUAUCAUCUCCAAAAUUUUGCAUUUUCUUUAAAAGGACUUUCAGUAUUACUUACUCCACAGUUUCCUAAUUUUGGAAUAUUUUAAAAUAGCUGCAAGUAAUUGUAAGCAACAUUGGUUAAUUACUAGAACAUUUGGAGCGGUUUGUUAACCUGUAUAGUUUUAAAUUGAUAUGCAUUAUUUCCGAACAGUUCAGUUUUUCCUUUAAAAUAUGUCUUCAUAUGGGAUAAUGGCAUUUUGAAUGCUAGUAAUACAGCUUUUGGAACAAAUUUGAAGGUUAUGCACUUUUAUGAAUUUGAAACUUUGGUUUGGUUACAGAUACUGUUUGUAUAUUAACACAUGCAGUGGGAAUAAUCUUCUUUUGUAUAUAUAUUUUGUUUCCAUUAAUUUAACAAAGUAGUACUAGACUAAAGCCUCAGACAUCACAAAAUAGGAUUUAACAUUUUAUUGCAUUACAUCUAGCAAUGACAUUCUAAUAUAUAAUACAAUAUAUAUUUUUUUUUUCCUCAGGAUUUUUUUUGGGGUAAAGUUGUAAUACAGGUGAAAGGGAAAGUUAAGUUUUGUGAAAGU